AUAUCAAGAUUACUUAUAGCUGGUGCAACCCCGAUUUCCCCAUCUGAAAGUAAAAUUAGGAAAUAUGGAAAUGAUGUUGAGGCUUGCGUAGCAUGCGGAGCCAGUCUUGGCUUCGCACAUCAUGCGUGUCAAUGUUGUGAAUCAUGGAACCCACAGUACUGCAAAACGCCAAGCUAG